AUGGCCCGUUUAAGGCAGAAGUACUUUAAUAUUAAGAAAGCCUCUGUUUAUACACCUGCUUUAAUCUAUACACAUCCAGCUAAGUAUAGCUGUAAAAUAGAUUAUAAAAAUAAUUUAAAUAUUUUUAAGGCUGCUAGUACUGGUAUUAGUAUUAAAAAAUUAACAGGCUUGAUAAGACUUUACUAUAAUAAAUUUAUUAUAUAUCUUAUAUUUAAAGUAUUAGCUGUAAGAUUAGUAGGUAGUAAUAUAGCCCAGUUACUUACUAUUUUUAAUAAAAAUAUAUUAAAUAGUUUGUUCUAUUUAUCUUAUUUGCAGCUGGAUUUAAUAAACACUUGCUUAAAAACCACAGCCUCUGCUGCUGCUGCAGCUGCUUAUAUUGCAGAGCUUUGCAAAGCUGGAGUUUUAAAAUAUAAGCUUAUAACAUAUGGCCACGCCGCUUAUAUAUAA